AGGGAGAACGAGAGUGAGGCGGGGUUUCGGUUUGGGGUCUUGUUGCAACUGCCACUCGCUACGGCCUGGGCCGUGUGGAUACGAAGGGAGAAGCCGCUGUGCCCCGAGAGGCCGCCCCUCAGGAGAGCUGUCACCUCCGCGAGCCAGACCAUUGCCGGGAGCGCGGGGCCUUCCAGAGCGUGAGACCCGGCGCCCCUCUCCCGCAGGCUCGCCGCCGCCAUGGCUGAGCUGAUCCAGAAGAAGCUGCAGGGGGAAGUGGAGAAAUACCAGCAGCUGCAGAAGGACCUGAGUAAAUCCAUGUCAGGGCGGCAGAAGCUUGAAGCACAACUAACAGAAAAUAAUAUCGUGAAGGAGGAACUGGCCUUGCUGGAUGCGUCCAACGUGGUCUUUAAACUUCUGGGUCCCGUGCUGGUCAAGCAGGAGCUGGGGGAGGCUCGGGCCACAGUAGGCAAGAGACUGGACUAUAUCACAGCUGAAAUUAAGCGAUACGAAUCCCAGCUCCGGGACCUGGAGCAGCAGUCAGAGCAACAGAGGGAGACCCUUGCGCAGCUGCAGCAGGAGUUCCAGCGGGCGCAGGCGGCCAAGGCAGGGGCUCCUGGCAAGGCCUGACCAUAUGGUCCGGGGGCAGGGGGAACCCAGGCAGCUCUAGGGUCUAUACUGUAGCCAAUAAAAUGUGAAGUCACCUGGCUGCUUGACCAGCCACUUCUAUCGUAA